AUGGAUAUUAAUUUAACAACAGGCUCAACAGACUUGUUGGAUGUUGAAAAUAUUGAAUAUUCUUUUCCUUUACUUAUUGCGUCGAUCAUAUUUAAUUGGUCUUUUUCACUAGCAUCUUUUGCUACAAUUACUCUUCCUACUUGGAUCUAUAAACUUCUUUCGUGGUCAUUCACAUUGCAACUCAAUUUUACAACAUUAUUAAUAUUUUUUGGAUUAUCUUUUACUUUAGGAUAUCUUGUGGUUCGUUAUCGGUUUCAUAACAAAUACUCACGCCUUCCAGUAGAGAAGCCUCAAUCUCAAGGACCAUGUUAUGAUUUACAUCCCGAUGUCACUGGUGAAAGUGAAAAACCGAGUAAAUACCCAGAUGAAUUUUUGAGCAUGUUUUUGGAGGGUAUUAAAGUUUUUGGAUAUUUGGAAAAGCCUGUUUUUAAUGAACUGGCAAGACAUCUACAAACAAAAAAAUUAUUAACCGGUGACACGUUAAUGUUAGAAAAAGAAAGAUCUUUUUAUAUUGUGGUUGAUGGUCAUGUCCAAGUAUUUGUGAAAACUGUUAAUGAAGAAGAAAUAGCAUUGGAUCCAUUUGAAAGUGAUGAUUAUAAUCGUGGCUAUCAAUUGUUGAAUGAGGUUACAAAUGGUGGUACAUUGUCAAGUUUGUUUACAAUUCUUUCUUUAUUCACUGAAGAUAUUGAACUUCGAUAUCCUGAUACUGAAGAACCAACAACAGUAGCAGAGGAGAAAAAAGAUCAUGUUGACAACGUCACUGACUCGAAAAAUAAAUCAUCGGAAAAAUAUGAUGAUGGUAUUCCGCCUACAAAUGAUCAAGAAGGCUGGAAAAUUAUGUUUUCCAAUUUAAAUACUUUGGAUGAAGAAGCAGAUAAUUAUUUUGGGAAAAUUAAUCAUCAAAAAAAACCUUCAAGAAAAGAUAAAACAAAUAAUAAUACUUUGUCAAAUCUUUCAUCGCCACCAAAUGAAUAUUCAAGACCUCAAAUUCUUCGAAAAAUUUCAAAAGAAAGUUUGCAUUCAUUAAAUGUCCAUCCUAACAUCAUUGCUAGAGCUACUGUUGACACUACUUUGGCUGUUAUACCAUCAGAGGCAUUUCAUAGGCUAACGGAAAAUUUUCCAAAUUCUGUAGCUCAUAUUGUACAGGUAAUAUUAACUCGUUUUCAAAGAGUUACUUUUUGGACCGGAUACAAGUAUUUAGGUCUGACUAAGGAUCUUUUGAGAACUGAAAAACUGAUGAACGAUGUUGCUAGUUAUGGACUCCCAAAUGAUUUCUUUAGACCUGGUAGUAUGGAACGGCUUAGAUUAAAAUUUGUUGGUAGCGGGACAAAAUAUGCAAGAGAACAUCAUGAUGAUUCUGAUGAUAUGGAUAUGAGUGAUAGUGGUUUAAUUAACAAAAAUAAAAAAAAUAGAAACAAUUCACGACCCAGAAAGACUUAUGAAAGUGAUGUCGAAUUCACUGUAAAAAACCAUUUGAAUAAUAAAGGUUUAGACUCAUCUCUUACAUCUACAACUACUAGAUACCUUUCAGUUCCUACUAAAGAACAUGUGAAGCCUACAAGUGGAUCACCUAUAAAUGGUCGUGACUAUGAUGCGGAAGAUGACCGGUAUCUUCGUGAAUCAGUUCUUGAAGGUAUAUCAAAGGGUAUUGGUCUUUUACAGCCUAGUUGUGAUGACGAAUCGAUUUCAGAGACAAUUUCUUCAGUAAAUAGUGAAAUAGAAAGUGAUGUUGAAAUUUUAUUUUAUCCAAAAGGCUCCCAUCUAGUUAAGGAAGAUGAAAGAAAUGUCGGCUUAUUUUUUGUCAUUGAUGGUAUUUUAGAUGUAUAUGUUACUGCAAACAAAAAUGAUUUAUUUGGAAGCUCUACUCCAUUUGAAUCAAAAAUUACUACUCCAAUUCCUUUGUCGGCAAAAUCUUUACAUAAAAAAAAAGAAUCAAUCACAAAUGGUCCGAAUAUUAAUACUAGAGACCGUAGCUUAUUCAUGAUCAAAUCUGGAGGUAUUGCUGGAUAUCUAGCAGCGUUGACAGGAUUUCCUUCUUUUGUCAAUAUUCGGGCUAGUACAGAUACCUAUGUUGGAUUUUUAUCAAAGGCUUCUUUAAAUCGUCUCAUGGAAAAAAAUCCAACUAUACUUUUAACUUUAGCAAAAAGAUUGAUUAAACUUUUGUCGCCAUUAAUUAAUGCAGGUCAAGUUUUAUAUAGAAAAGGUGAUGUUAGUGAUUCCAUAUAUAUUGUGCUUAGUGGUCGUGUGCGUACAAUUAAUGAAAGGGAAAGUGGAGUGAUUGAUAUUCUUGGAGAAUAUGGGAAAGGUCAGAGCGUUGGCGAACUUGAAGUUAUGACUGGAACACCACGUCCAUACACUUUACAUGCUAUUCGUGAUACUGAAUUGGCUCGCAUGCCAAAAACCUUAUUUAAUUCACUUGCUCUUAGACAUCCAGAAAUCACCUUACAAAUAUCUCGUAUUAUAGCAGGAAGGACACAUUUACAACAAGAAUUGGAUUGUAAUAUUGGUAAUACUAGCAGUACAGAGUUUGGGAAAAAUAAUAGAAAUUUAAAAACAGUCGGAAUAUUACCGGUUAAUGGAAGUGUUCCUGUGGCCGAAUUUGCCAGCAAGUUAAAAAAUGCAUUACUUAAAACCGGUGAAUCGUGCAUACUUUUGAAUCAUGCUUCUGUAGUUUCUGCAUUGGGUAAACAUGCAUUCAAUCAAAUUGGAAGGUUAAAAUUAAUUAAUUGGCUGGCAGAACAAGAAGAAAAUGCUAGAAUAGUAUUAUAUUUGGCUGAUGGGGGUAUAAAUUCUUCAUGGACUCAAACUUGUAUUAGACAGGCGGAUUGCAUACUUUUAGUUGGAUUGGGUGACUCAGAGCCAUCUAUUGGAGAAUAUGAAAGAAUUUUAAUCGUAUGGAUUUGGCCUGACCAGUCAGCAAUUAAUGGAAUAACAUUUUUUGGAAAUAAUGAAAAGAUUCAAAUACCUUCAUGGCUUCAAUAUAUGAUUGAGUAG